CUGGACCCCCCAGACCGUUUAAGAACCCUCCUCCUCCUUCUUCUGCUCCGUCAAUUAUUCUAUCCUACCUACUCUCCUCCAUCCAAGUCUUUGUCUAGACCGUCGAGCUCCAUCUAUUUGUCUUCCACCUUCUGAUUCUACCCGUCUCAGUCUCCAUCUCUCAAAAUGCCUUUCACUGCUUCUGACAUCUGCAAAAUCAUCUUUGCCAUCAUCCUGCCCCCUCUGGGUGUCUUCCUGGAGCGCGGAUGUGGCGCUGAUUUCCUUAUCAACAUCUGUUUGACCAUCCUGGGCUGGAUUCCUGGUGUCAUCCACGCAUUCUACAUUAUAUUAAAGUACUAGACGACGCGCGACUCCGUCUUCCGCUGUCCUUGACCUUCGAGUACCGUCUCGAUUGGAAAACGAUCAAUAUCUACCACCUAAUUACCCUUUGAACAUUGGCGAUGUCGCUCACAUGCGUCGUCCAUAUGCUUCCGUGGAGGUCCGACCGGGCCCAGCCUAAUGCAACCCCACUGCUUGGCAACCAACAGGCAGUUGCGAUGUUCGAAGACCGUGAUUUUACGGCGUUUUCUUUGCUUUCGUGAUAUCAUUUAUGUUUUUGCUGUUCGGAUGAUACCAGCUCAUUUGUGACACUGGGCCC